UUUAUUGUUUACAUUAGUUAAUACUAAAUAUUUUAUUUUAGUAAUCUGAGAUCCCCUGGUAUGCUCAGACGGAUUUUAUUUCGAAGCACGAAUCAAUUUUUACCGUCGUAUUUAUAACGUGGGGUUUAAAAUUGUGUGUGUUUAAUUUUCAAGAUUGAUUAAAUAAAAAUUUUACUUUAUGAAAAGUCACAUUUUAAAGAAAAAAUAUGUAAAUUCUAUGUACAAUCAUUUACACAAGGUGAUAUAAAGAUCUGAGGCAUUUCCUCUGAAACUGUAGCUCCUUACGUCUCUCUCUCUCUCUCUCUCUCUCUCUCUCUCUCUCUCUCUCUCUCUCUCUCUCUGGUAGAAUAAUUAGUGUCAUUAUGCCCUCUAGAUAUGAUGUUUAGGAUGAUUACAUUCCUCGUCUAUUUAAGUUUACAAACCAGCAUUGAUCAAUUUGUCCGUAAGAUAAAAGUACCGUAAAAGCUUUGGAAACUUUCUAAAGAACCGGCGAGUAGCUGUUAACGCUUUUAAACAUGUCAAAAUUACCCUAAAGACUUUUGUUUGGAUAAAUGAUUUUCGAAAGCUGGAGAAUCUAUAUUGGUGAAGCGUCUCUGAAAGUCCAUUGUGUUUAAUUAUAGAUGUAUUAACAGUGAUUAACAAUUAUUUUACGUGUGAUCAAACAUCCGGGCGGAUGUUUGCUGAAAUCCCAAGGAACCGUUUACUAUAAAUGCCUUCUGUGUAUAUUGUUCAUUGAGAUUUUCAAUAGCGGAAGUUUUUUUUUUAUUUUGAGCACACUGUGAACAGAAAUUUGUGAAUUAAACCGUGCUGUGAAUAAAUAUAUUUUCUUUUCGGAAGAUUGAAACAAUUAUCACAGUGAUUUGGAAUUAGUGGUUAAAUUAAAACCCUCAGCUGCAAUGAAUUUUAAAAAGAAUGCUGGAUUUAUGAUCAAUAUUUUUAUUAUAAUCACCCCUGUCUUGACACGUGGGUACCAAUUAACAGUACUCCACACGAAUGAUGUUCACGCGAGAAUUCAGGAAAUGAACGCCUUUGGUGGCCAAUGUUCCUCGGGAAGUUCCAAUUGCUUUGGUGGAGUUGCUAGAAUAAAGACAAAAGUGGAGGAGCUCCGAAGGGAACAUCGGAACACCCUUCUGCUGGACGCCGGAGAUCAGUACCAGGGAACCCUCUGGUUCAGUCAUUACGGGGGAUACGUGACACACACCAUGAUGAAUCUCAUCGGUUACGAUGCCAUGGCUUUGGGGAAUCACGAGUUUGACAACAAUAUUGAUGGUCUACUGCCAUUACUACAGAACGCCAACUUCACAAUUCUCAGUGCAAACAUCUAUUUGGACACAGAAGCCCGGAUCAAACCUUAUGUAUCCAAAAGCUACGUCACAGAAGUGGGCGGGGAAAAGAUCGGGGUCAUAGGUUAUACUACAAAAGACACGCCCAUGAUAUCUCAGCCUGGAAGCUUGAAAUUCGAGGAUGAGAUCACCGCUAUUCGAGCCGAGGUCAAUAGGUUAGAAAGUCAAGGGGUCAACAAAAUCAUCGCCCUGGGUCAUGCCGGGUUCUCCGUGGAUACAAAGAUUGCCAGCCAGGUAGAGGGCAUCGACGUCGUGGUUGGAGGUCACACCAAUACAUUUCUUUACAAAGGCACAGCGCCAUCUGUUGAGAAGCCCGUGGGUGAAUAUCCUCACGUGAUAGAGAAAUCAAAUGGGGAGAGAACUCUGGUUGUUCAGGAUUAUGCAUUCGGAAAGUAUCUAGGUUUUCUGCAAGUCGAGUUCGAUAACAACGGAAAAGUGGUUUCUUUUGGCGGCAAUCCAAUCCUUUUGAACAAUUCAGUGACAAAGGAUACGAAAGUGCAAACAACUGUAGAUGACCUAUUUCUUGAAAUUGAGAACGCCACAAAGAAGGUGAUCGGCAGAUCGCUGGUUAAAAUGGAGGGUAGUAGGGCUGUGUGCCGACUGAGAGAGUGUAACAUGGGGAAUUUGGUGGCUGAUUCUUUUGUUCACAUGAAUCUAAGAGAUGCUGACACUAUCAACUCUACUCGGGUAUUUAUAGCUCUAGUUAACUCAGGAUCCAUAAGGUCUUCAUUUGAUAGAGGAUCUAUAACUUUGGGAAAUGCCAUAGAGGUCCAGCCAUACAGAAAUACAAUGGACACCAUACAACUUCCGGGUCGGAACUUACGUCAGGCACUAGAGUACAGUGUGACGUCAUACAAUAAAGAGGACCCGGAUGGUGGAUUUUUACAAAUAUCAGGUUUAAGAGUGAAAUACAAUCUACAAAAGCCGGAAGGUCAGCGCGUUGUAGAUGUGAAAGUUUUGUGCUCAGAAUGUGAAGUUCCGCAAUUUGUUCCCUUAAAGGAUGAAAAACUGUAUGACAUUGUUUUAUCCAACUUCCUGUUAAAUGGAGGUGACGGCUACACAAUGAUUAAAGACAACGCUAUACAAAAACACGUUGUUGGUAUUCUGGACACCGACGUAUUUGCAGAAUACAUAAGACUGAUGUCCCCUUUGAGCACUGGUCUUGACGGGAGAAUAGAAAUGGUUGACGACAACGGAUGUGACGAUACUUCCGGUGGAAGCAGAUUUAUAUCAAACUCUUUUCUUUUAAUUGGAACCUUUAUUUUAGUCUGCUCGUUUUUAGUAAUUUGAGAGAGAGGAGAGAGAGAAAGAAAGAGAGAGAGAGGGAGAGUGAUAUUUCUUUUUUAAGCUCUAAUGCUCAGACACCAGAUCGAGUUUAUGUAUUAGUAAGGUCCGUCCGUCGUUCUGUCCAUCUGUCUGUUUUUCCCCUUCCGUAAAAUGCUGCUUCUUUGCGUGCAGUUUAUUUCCGAAUUCAGUAACACUAUGAACACAUGUAGACUAUUCUAAAAAAAAAAAAAAAAAAAAAAAACGGUACAUGUAUUUGGUUACAUGUAUAACACAUACACACACAUGAUCAUAAUCAGAAUUUUCUGUGAAAUUCCUUUAAAGCCCAUCUCUUCCACAACAGUCUGAGUCCGAUUUCAAUAUUUUAGUUUUUUUUAAAUUAAUAUAUUAAAUAAUCAAAAACAGUAGAGUUACAGUUUCGUUACAGACUUCUCAUUAUACAUUCGGUCUGUAUCUCAUAUCAAACUUUGUUUUCGAAGGUUACAAUCAAAUUUGGCAUCAAAUGAAAAUACUCAUAAAUUGUGCAAUAAUUAAUAGCAAAUAAUUGUAAGUUUACGUAACAAGUAAAAUUUGAUGUUUCAUCAUACAUGUACUUAGACAUUUCCGUGUAUGAUUUUUCCAUGAUGUGUUAAUAAAAUAAUUAUAUAUUUUUA